CAUCAUUUAUCAAUGAGGGAACUAGGGGCCAAAAACUCACAGCUCAGGAGAAGGUUAUGCUCAAUGGAGGAAGAGAAUGCCUCUCUGGUCACGGAGAACAAACAACUGAUUACUGAGCUGGAAGCAGCACAUCUCGAACUUGCCAGCUCCAAAACCAAAGUACUGGUUCUAGGUUCCACUGUGGGGUCAAGGUCGUCAUGUGUGUCCCAGAUGAAAGAUGAAAUUGAGAGUCUUGAGGCUGAGGUUGAGGCCCAAGUCCAAGCUCUCAGGGAUACGGAGAAGAAGCUACAAGAGACUCGAGCAGAUCUGGAGAUGAGGUGCAGACUUGUUGACAAACUGAAAGAAGAGUUAACAGUGGUAAGAGUUGAAUUGGAAGACAGAACAGACCUGGAGAAAAGAGCUGAACAGCAAAGAAAUGACGCUAUCAUCGAUGCUGAAAGGCAGUCAUCUGCACUCCAGGGGUUCAAGGAAGAUGUGGCAGAUAAACUAAAAAAGGUGUUGGAAAGUGAAAGCAAAUUAAAGGAGGCUCUUGUUCGAUGUGAUAAAGAUCGUGAGUCAUGGGAGAAGAAGUGCUCUCAUCUUGAGCAAGAGAGGGACAACAUGAGGCUGCUGAUGGGCCAGUUAAAGGAGGACUUGGAUAAAAUGAAGACGGUGAGUGAGGAAAUGGACACCUUGCGCUUGCAAGUGAAAGAGGCGUCCAGCAAGAGCGGGCUGCUGGAGAGGAGGCUGAGUGAGACGGAGGUGGCUAAGAAAGACCUAGAAGAGUUGAGGACGGAGAACCGGGGCCUGCAGAAGCUUAACCGCAGCCAGGAGAACCUACUGGAGCAGAGUCAGAGAGAGGUCCAACAGACCAAAGCCGAACUGGCUGGCCUCGAGGCCAUCAUCUGCUCACUGCAUCUCAGAGAGGGCAGAGGAGGAGCAUUGUGUGCCAAUCCUUGUCUUCUUCCCGGGGGAUCUUCCGAUCAGCUUAAUCUCAAGCCAGGGGAGCAGUACCAACGUCUCCUGCCUGUGCUCCGUGUCAUGGAGCAGGAGAAAAGCAGACAGGCAGCCGUGGCUUGCGGACUUCAGGAGAAUCUGAGUCGGGCUCAAGAAGACACGCGCGUGCUGCAAAGCGACGUGACCCAGCAAGACCAGCAGCUCCGGAAACUCCACGCCGAGCUCCAGGCUAGGACGUCGGACAUCGCACAGCUGGAGAUGGAAUUAAAGAGGAAGAGCUCUCUCCUGGAGGCUACCGAGAAGCAACUAGAGGCGAAGGAAAUCGCGGUCUUGCAUGCUGUGAAGAGGAAUACGAAUCUAGAGCACAACCUGUUGGAAAAGAGCACCAGCACGCAAGAGUUUAAAAACACUCUGGAAAAAAAGACGAGGGACUUGCAGGAGGCGUUAGCAGAAUCCCAGAGGAUAAGCACAGACAAGAGUUGGGAGCAAGAGGAUAAAAUAACAAAAUUACAGUUUUCCCUGGACCAGACACAUGCUCAGCUGGCGAAGCUGGAGAACGACUACUCUUCAGCACAACGGGAAAAACAAGAGUAUCUUCAGAAAGCUGACAGACUUCAGGCUUCUCUCAGCAAAGUCACACAAGUCUGCUGCCCAACCACACAAACAAACACAAUUUACCUUGCUGUACCCUUGUCUUAUUGUCCAGCUUGUCCUAGUUAUUCAGCUCGAAGGCCUUGUCACGUGCCUGUUCUGCAUUUACACAGUCCUUUUCCUACACUAUUGGCCAUACUGUAUAUGCCUCAAUGGCCUAUUUUGAAAUUCCCCAAUGGGAAUUCCAGCUUUGGACAUUGUGUUACAUUUGAGGAAAUCGAGAUGAAAGCCAUACAAGACCAGGAGGACUUGCUGUCUCUUAAAUCUCAGGGAACACAGUCCACUACCAAAGUGAGGUUUUUGGAGUCAGCUCUGGCAACAUGCCAAGAGGAGUUAAACGGCUGCAUGGAGCAGAUUCAGGGAGCCAAGAACCGGUAUGACCGAGAGCUGGAAACGAAAGCCAAAGAGUUGGAGGCGCUGCAGGAGGAGGUGAGGAACAGUUCCAAUCAGUUCCAGAACUCCAAUGAGCAGGUCCAUCAGCUUGAGCAUCGAAUCCAGAAGCAGCAAUCCACACAGCAGCAAAGUGCCUCUAAGAUCUCUGAACUUGAGGACAGCCAAUCACAGCUACUCAAACAGGUCUCCCACCUGCAGAGGACGCUGGAGAAAGAGAAGGCCAAAACCUGCAAGGAGCUGAGGGAGAUGGAGGAUCGAGCCCUGGAGGCCGGUCAGCUGGCAGAGAGGCGUGAGAAAGAGGCUCUCCAACUCUCCACCAAUGUCAAGCAGUUGACAGGGGACAUGAACCGGUUUCGCGGCGAGCUGACCGAGAAGGAGCAGGAGCUGUUGAAGAUCCGCCGGGACAGUGACACCAAGGCCUGCGAGCUGGCCAAGAUGGAGAAGAUGCUGCAGGAGACCAAGGGCCUGCUGGACAAGAAGAGCGAGACCAGCGCGGAGAGCAAGCCCACCGGGACCGACAACAUGGUGGAGGACCUGGAGGAGAGGGUGCGCUGCAGCCGGCGCGACCGGAGGAACUCCCUCCACCACACGCAGCUGCUGGAGAGCCAGAUGAAGACGGUGCGAGGCGAGCUGGUGGACACCCUGGACCACCUCCAGGAGCUGCGCAACGUGCUGCGCCGCUCCCAGCAGAAGGCCGAGGAGCGCAAAGCCGCCAUGGAUAAACUGGCCGCGGGGCUCAGACUUGGGUUCCUAUAUGUGUUGUGUGUGUGCGUGCGUGUGUGUGUCUGUGAGAAUUGUCCUGCCAGGGAAAGUCAGAAUGAGCUGGAGUUGACACGUAGGGAGCUGGAGAGAAAGCAACAGGAGGUUCAUCACACGAGCAGUAGGGAGACACACGACGAGCUGCUGCAGCAAAGAUCACUACAGCUGGAACACCUAGCGGUCACGGUCGAGAAUUAUAAACAGGACCUCGAGCAGAAGCUAAUUCUCCAACAGGGGGCGCUGGAGACCUCCCAGAGAGAGGCCAAGGAGAAGGCAAUGCAGAUAGAGUUUCUGACUGAGAGGCUGGAGUUGAUUAAGACCCAACUGCAAUUGAAAGAGGACGUGCAACAGGAACACCUGGCACAGAGCCAGCAGCUACGUUUGUGUAGGGAGAAGCUGCACCUGACCGGGCAGAGCCUGCAGGAGAUGAGGAGUCGCUGCGAGAGCCUGGCCACACAGCUGGAGGAAAGCACCCAGUUUGGUCAGGAAACGGAGUUCCAGGCCAGGGAUCUGAAGGAGACGCUGGCCAAGGUCAUGGAACAGGCCGCCCAGACAGAAGUCAGGACACAGGCCACUGUGUCGGUCCUCAGGCAAGAACUGGACACAGUCAAAAGACUGCAUCUGAACGAGUUGUCCGCGCUACAGGAGAGCCAGGUGGAGGUGCUGAAGGCUUCGGAGUGCAUCUCCGACACCCUCCGCUGCUCGCAGGACCAGCUGACCUAUGACCUGCAGCAGACAAGGUCGUGUCUGGAGGACUCCCAGGGCAACACCGCCGCCCUGCUGGCUGAACUGCAGGCUCGCGAGCGGCUGCUCCAAAGCACCAACGAGACCUUGCUCAUCAAGGAGUCGGAAGUCACCCGUCUGAGGGCCAAGAUCUCCAGCCGGGAGAGAGCCUCCGAGCUCCACAGCAUGGCAGUCCGCUCAGGCCUGGCCUCCGCAGGCCACGCCAGUGCUGGGAACACCCUGUUGCCCCUGCUGGGUAAGAACGACGACAACGGCUGGCUCUCCAUCCAAGUGAAGGACAAGCAAGGGGACCACGCCGACCAGCACACCACACCGCUGUUCUGUACCGUGACAGAUUUUUCCAGAGUGUGCAUAAGUGCUGAAUGUGCUCAAGAAUGAGUGCUCAAUCUUUUUUUUUACUACUGUAGAUGACUAUAUUUCCGUUGAUUUGAUAGUAAAAUUCUUUUGGCAAUGAGUUCAGUUGGCCAUCAUUGUUCUCCUGAUGUCUUUCUAUUAGAUAGGCC